CCUCCGCGGGCCGCGGUUCAAACGCCCCGCCCGGGUCGAGAGCGGCCCGAGGAAGCGGAGUAGGAGCCCGGCCUCCCUCACUGGCCUCCGUCUCGGCGGCACACCGCCCGGCCCCAUGGUCAAGCCCGUGGUCCCCGCCGCCGGCGCGUUUCUCUGGGUCCUGCUGCUGAGUCUGGGGCCCCGGGCGGCGGGGGCCCAGGGCUUGACCUCCACCGAGACGCAGCGGGUCCGCUUCGGGGUCCCCAUGUCCCGCAACUACCGGACCACCCUCCGGAGCGGCGGGCCCAAGAGGAUGAAAGUAACAAUGGAGGAUGAGGACGAUGUCGGGGCCAGUGUCGACCGCCUGGCCGGCCCGGCCGCCGCGGAGCUCCUGGCCUCCACAGUGGCCACGGGCGUCAGCAAGUCGAUAGUGUCGUCGUCGGAGGAGGAUGAGUCUUUGGAAGAGGGGGUUGUGAUUAACGCCAGAAGGAGUAACAUCACCGGAAAAGCUUUCAGCAGGACUACGAGGAUGCCCAGCUCCAGGUUUAAAGCAAACACCCAGGAGCCUGAGAUCAGGCUGUCUACAGACGUGCCGGCCAACACCUGGCAGCCCACUGGGGACGUGGCUCACCCCGACAGUACCAUGAGCCGGUGGUCCACGGCGGGGUCCACCCCAAACCGCUGGAUACCGGCCUCGCACACGGCCAUGCCUCCUCCCGAGGACGUGCGCCUGGUCCUGAUGCCCUGGGGCCCGUGGCACUGCCACUGCAGGUCAGGUACCAUGAGUCGGACCCGGGCGGGGAAGCUGCACGGCCUUUCAGGGCGCCUUCGAGUUGGGGCGCUGAGCCAGCUCCGCACGGAGCACCGGCCUUGUACCUACCAGAAAUGUCCCUGCAAUCGGCUUCGGGAGGAGUGCCCUCUGGACUCGGAUCUCUGCUCUGACAGCGGCUGCACCUCUCAGACCACCACCACCACCACCACCACCAGCACCACCACCACCAGCACCACCACCACUUCCCUGCCCCCCCUCAGCUCUAGGAUCAGACCCACCCCCUUCCUUUUCUUUGGCCCCAGCCCCAGCCCCAGCCCCAGCCCCAGCCCCAGUCCAGCCCUUGCUUUUUGGAGACGAGUCAGGAUCGGGCUGGAGGAUAUUUGGAACAGUCUGUCUUCAGUGUUCACAGAGAUGCAACCAAUAGAGAGAAACCGCAGGUAAUGGCCACUUCAUCCACAAGAGAAGGUGCCAGCAUCUCAACCUUUCCACCCCUUUCAAUCCCAGCACCCACUGGAUAUUUUUAGUACAGAAAAACAAAACUAGAAAAAAUUGUUUGGUCUUGCGUCUUUUUACAG